AUGAUCCCGAACCAGAAUUCAUACUGCGCCGCAUUCCGCGGGUUCCAGGAGAGUUGGCAUCCUGACUACUUGAGAUGCAACGGCUUCACCAGCGAAAGCGGCGCCCUAUCCGCAUACCUAGUCAGCCUCGAGACCAAACAAGUCUACGACAGAUUCUACAAGGAUUCAUACUGUCUAGAGAACUACCCCAUAAAACCCAUGUCGGCGCACCAACAGCACACCUUUGGCCCGACUGCAAAUGCAGGCGGCCCGUCGCCCUCGCCAACCAGAUCUACCACGUCGUCGUCCCUGUAG